AUGGCGGAACCAGCUGCAGACGUGAAGAAGAAUGCCGGGGGAGCUUUUAUAAGGCCCUAUAACGCGGAGACUGACUACGAUGCGGUCGUGGAAAUCUGCAAAGCCACAGCCGACCCCUCCUACGCCUCCGCCCUCGAACUUGUCCCCUACCUCUACGCCAUCCCCUACCUCCUCCUCUCCCCCACUUAUACCCACGUCCUCGACUCUGGCUCCGGCACCGUCGUCGGCUACAUCAUCGGCACGCCCAACACGCGCGCCUUUGUGCGCCGCUACCGCGACACCUACCUACCGCACACCACGUUGCCGCCGCCCACCACCAACCCGCCGAGCAAGCUGCGGCGCUCACUGGAAGAGAGCUAUGCGCGGCCUGAGGGCAUGAUUCGCGAGGAUGUGGUCGACGAGUUUCCCGCGCACCUGCAUAUUGAUAUUUUGGAGUCGCACCAGAGUCAGGGGUGGGGGACGGUGCUGAUGGAGCGCUUUCUGGGGGGGUUGAGGAGCGCGGAGGAGGGGGUGAAGGGCGUGCAUCUGGCGAUGGGGAAGGAUAAUGUGAGGGCGGGGAGGUUCUAUGGGAGGUGUGGGUUUGUUGCGAGGGGGGACUUGGGGGAUGGGGCGACGUGGAUGGUGAGGGGGAUGGAUUAG